CGUCACUACCUGCUUGCUGAUUGCGCACUGUGUACAUAUGAUAAUCACCAGUGUAUAGAAUAUAUUAUAGGAGCGGAUUUAAAUGAUAGAUACAUCGAUACAAAAAAGUAAAGCCAUGUCUGUCCUUUAGACUAAAAUCAUUGCUGUCAAAAUUCGACUUGAUGCGUUGCUUAGCCAAGUAUGAUAUACUGACGCCAUUUAUGCAACGACGACGGCGAUCAUGGCAACCUGCCACGCGAGCGAGGAAUGUUAAUCGGAAUGUCUCGGCCCGAUGAACGGAGUUGAAUUCGGUAAAUUUUGAACAAUAUUUUUUGUUGUCGCCAGCCUUCCUCAUUAACCGUUUUUUAAAGAGAGAGGGGGGUGGAACCAAAAGAGGUGGAGAACCAAACAAAAAAGAAGACGAAAAGGGAAACAGAUACAGAAGAAAAUACAAUGACAUUACUGCGCCCAUUCAUUCGCCAUGCACGCCAAAUCCACACUUGUCACCGACGAUUAGCACAAAAACCAGCUGCUGUAAGCGUAGCAGCAGCUGCAGCGGCUGCACUGACCCAUGGACCUCUUGGCAAGGGUAUCGACACGUUCCGGAGCACGUUCGGCAGCAAACCAUUGACGGCACCUUUCACGGGACAAGCAGAGACCUACGAGCAAGCGUUAAACGAAGCACAGGGCCUUGUUGUAGACGAAAGCGCCGGUGAUAGCGACGGUAAACAGCGAAUGCUGUUCGACCCAGCAAAACUCGUCGGACCUGACCUAUGGGAGCUCAAGGGUAACAUUAGCAAACUGCUCGGCAGUGGCCAUCCCUUCUUGAAUACCAUGAUGACGCACUUUUUGUGCGAUGACGGCCAGCCAGUUCGACCCUUGUUGGUCUUGCUGACCGCGCAAGCCAGUACGGGCCAAGUGAUCGAUACGCAACGCCGACUUGCCGAAAUCACACACAUGAUCCACGCCGCUUCGUUAUUGCACGACGAUGUUCUCGAAACCGAAAGCGGUGGUAGCCUGGGCAACAAGAUGGCUAUCCUGGCAGGCGACUUUUUGCUAGCCCGUGCAUCGCUCGCACUCGCAUAUUUGCGCAACGCUGAAUGCGUCGAACUGAUGGCUACGUGCAUUGCCCAUUUGGUAGAGGGCGAGUUUAUGGAUCUGGUUAAGAAGCAGCCAAGGACGGAUAUCGAUUACUAUCUGGAUCAGACGGAAAUGAAGACAGUCAGCUUGAUUGCGCAGAGCUGUAAAGGUUCGGCCGUGCUUGGCAAUGCAUCAACAGAUGAUGCCAAACACGCCUAUGAGUUCGGUCGUCACUUUGGUAUCGCAUACCAGUUAGUGGAGGAUGUGCUAGAUUUUAGUGCAAAGUCAUCGUCGGGUACAUUUAGAGCAGGUGCCCCUGUUGUGUUUGCAUCUGAAUCCGUACCGGGGCUGCUGCCCAUGAUCGAACGUCGCUUUAGUCAGCCGGAAGACCAUGAGAAGGCUCGACUGUACGUAUAUCAAAGUGGAGGAUUAAAAAAGACCCUUGCACUUGCAGAAUCACAUUGCCAAAGGGCAAUCGAUGCCAUCAGCCAACUCCCGCCGUCCGACGCUCGAUCGGCACUGGUGCAACUUUCCUCCAACCUGAUACGCCGUAAAAAUUAAUAAAACCAAACUAUUUAUCUCAACGUUGCACCAACAUUGAAAAUUCCAGGGUUGUGUGUGUGCAUGCUUGCUUGCUGGG